CCAAAAUGUAUCCCGUGGGAUGCGAGUUAGUGCUAAGAUAUUUCCCCGGAUAUCUGGGGCUAUUUCCGUGGGUGCAAGGGAUGGCCAUGAUUCCCUACUGUAGCUACAGUACUCGGAAAGUCUUGUCUUCGGGCUUCCGAAAACCCGGCCUGAAACUAAUUGGAAACUCUUUUACCGGCGAGAAAAACAAAACAAAUGAUAAUUCAAUUGACGUAGCAUAUGCCAAGAGUCAUAAAACGCACAUCAAAACAUCAAGUUCCCGAAUCUUCCGAAUCGUCUGUCUAUCCAUUGAUCCAAUACACACAACAUGGGAGACUCUGAUGAAUUCAGCAAGAAAUACACCCAGGCAAAUGUAGCCAAAGGCGCAGCGAAAUAUGAUGGGGCUCUAUUCGGACAGUGGCAAACACAACUCCAGAAAGUCUUGCCAAAUGCUACCUCUGGGCUAACCAGUGGCAUCCUCGUAGCAAUGCUCUGUGCCCAAGGACGUGGCGAUGCAGCCGGGGCGCUCUUCAGUGAUUCUGUAGCAUCUGAUAAGGCUCAUGUCUUGGAACUGUUCGCAGUUAUUCGAGAGGCACUCACCUUAGCCAUGGGCUUUGUUGGAUUACCAAAUGUCAUGCCAGCUAUAUUUGGCUCGGUUGCCGAGCUGAAGAAAGCAAAUAUCACUGAUGUACAAGUGAAUCAGAGGCCCACAUUCAAUAAUGCUGAUUAUGAGCAAUUCGGACGUGAGGUCCAUCAAAAAAUCUACCGGGGAGUGGGCAAUCCUGAAGUUGCUGCUAUGGUUGCCCAAUACUUUCCAGACUUGUCGUACCUGGCUACAAGCGGUGUUUUUGGGUAUGCUAUUGGGGGUUGUGAAAUCCUGCCCCUUCAAGAACGAGAACUCGUCGUGGUCAGUGCGAUUAUUGCUCUGGGAGCAUCUCGACAGGCACGGAGUCAUUGCAAGGCUGCAAUCCAGCUUGGUAAUGCACCAAAAGUUCUGGAGACUCUGGAUGAGAUUGCUCAGAACGUAGCAAGAUGGAAUGGAAGGCUCCUCCCAGACCGGUUAAACGUACCGCAGCUUGUGGUUGAGCUGAAUGCCGAGUUGGCGAAACUCAAUUCAUGAUGUUGAGGUAAAUAUCAUACUGUAAAUAAGAAUACAAAUGAUGUUAGGGAACCUAAGUGCACACGAGAGUUUGCGUCUUAUGAGAGUUUCAUCUUACACUCUUCUCUGCGGAUAAUUAAUGAUAGAGAUGCCGAGUAAGCCUUCACGGAAGUAUCAAUCUCAACAUGGGGGAUUAGACAGUAGAUUAAUCAUUUACUUUUGGAAGAUGAAAUUUUUGGAGAA